GUCUCUAAAAUGGGUUGCAGCGAAAGUACAGAAUCCAACUCCAAGAUGUUUGCUUGCAUACCUCCACAGCCCCCUUAUUUGGGCCCCCCGUGUGAAUAUCGGAUUGAGAACUUCAUGGUAGAGUACGUGGAACAGUUAAAUCAUAUAUUUAUGCCUACCAGCUGUAGAGACAUGCCGUUAAUGACCUUGGACGAAAAUGUUUAUAGCCUCACUUUGGGGUCAUUGUAUGACCUUGGAUUCCGUCUGUUGACCUUCACAGUAAUUCCGGCGUCGGUCACGGUCAGUGGAAUCCUUACAGCAAACAUCAAGCAAACACACAAGUAUCAAGGAAUUUGUAGGCACCUGCCCGAGGAUGAAUUACCUCAGCAGUGGUCCCUCAAAGUCGUAAAAUCCUAUUUGCCCUCAAAAAUAUUUACUUACGGGGUGUUUAGAUUGGGUGAUACAAAAGUUACUGCUGAUUCCACCCACAUAUUUCAAACAAUAACUGACGAGGCAUCCAAAGGUGGCAGACUUGUUUGUGUAGAAGUAACAGGUUAUAAUUCUCAGAAUGUGAAACAGACCGGGGAAACGAGUUCAGCUGUGGGGGCAUUUGGUGGUCAUGGUGCAAUGAACUCUAGCUUCUUUGGGCAAACUCCAGAUAUGAUUUUAGGAGUGGAUAUUUUCUUUGAGAUACCAAGAAACCCAUCCUCGACACAAUACGUUUACCAGUGUGUCACAAUUCCAAUGAAAAUUACAUGGAGAGUGGCCGUGGCAAAGGGAGGGGAGUGGAACGUAGAGCUGGACUGGGCGGAAGUUACGUCACAGUACCUUGAGAGAGGUUGGAAACUAAUAGACAUCUUCAGAGAUUCAAACAGUAAUGGUUUCCAGGAUAAAACAGCAUUUACAUCGAAAGUAACAAUCAGUCAGAACUGCGUAUUCUUUUUCGAAAAAGAACAGUCCAAACUGAAUGACAAGACUCCCGUAUACGAGGCGACAAUGAUAGAAUAUAAUCUCCCUGGCGAAAUGACGAAAGAAAUUGGUACCACCAGAAGAAGUUAUAACCCAGCAUGGGGACCAAUAUUGGACCACCUUGGAACCUUUGGAUGGGAACUAGUCAAAAUUUUAGACACUCCGGCACUUACCUUCAAAAAGAUCAUGUGGAUGUUUUUUCAUCGAAAAAUUGUUGCUGCCUCGUCUGCUGCAGAGCACUCAUCAUCUAGUGGAGCAAAUGCAGCACCUACUCCAACUGACCCACCAGAAUAAGUGACAUGCAACAUAUAUUUGAAACUUAACCAGGACUUAACUUACUGUGAUACCAUAUAGUUGAGGGUAACAUUGAAAAUCCCAAAAAAACCCAUUGUCAACAAAGGGUCAACCGAGAUUGACAAGUGUUUACGAAGGGUGAACAUUCUCAAUGUUACCCUCAACUACAUGCCAUGUUUAUCAUAUUAUACUGGAUAUUUUAAACAAAUACAUAUGUAAGUCUCCAAAUUCGAUGGUCUCGCCAAAGUCUGAUGGUCUGCGCCAAACCCCGAUGGUUCGUUUCCUACGAGACACACUGCGCUAAAGUGCGAUGGCCCGACACGUCAAAGUCCGGUAGUGCGGAGUUAGCCUUGCACCCACUCGAGAAAUAAGGACUAGUAGUACAAUUAAAAUUUGGCUUAUUCUAGUGAAUCAUUUCAAUUCCGUGAAUUGUUUUUCCACACCAUCGGAGUUUGGCUUGUGAAACCAUCGGGGUUUGGCGCAGACCAUCGAACUUUAGCGUGACCAUCGGGUUUCGGAGUCCCAUCGCACUUUAGAGUUUUGUUUGUUUAUUACUCUCAAACCAUACAAUGGUACAUGAGGUACAUGAACACAUUUACAUAUAUACAGAAUAUCAGGUCAAGUAAGGAAGAGUAGUAUAUAUAAAAAAGAAGAUUAUUACUGAAAACAUGCCAAUAUCGUUUUAACAAACAAAGACAGCUUUAUCAAGGAGUCUACAUCUGUGGUGGACAUAAGGUUCUCAAAGAACAAGGUGUGGUAACGGCCGAAUCUGGCCCCUUAAUUGAUGUAAAAAUCAGAAUACAGUUAAAAUUGUGAUAGUUUGUAGUUAAGAACUUAAAAUGAUGCUUGUUUUAAAACCAGCACUAAUUUUGAUUCAAAGCUUACAUGGAGGCCACAAGAGGGUGCAGAAGUGAGACAUUUUCCUGAAUUUCCUCAAUUUUGGCCGAUUUUCGUCAAAUUUGAGAUACAUUUCACUUUGGGAAACAUAGAGCACAAGCUUGCCUAUCUGAGAGUUUUAUACAGAAGAAGCAUCUGAUACUAGUGUAUGAAAUAUAUCAAUUUGGUAGAUAGGCAAGCUUGUGCUCUAUGUUUUCUGAACCAAAAUGUGCUGUAAAAUCGACAAAAAUUUGCAUAAAAGUGAGAAAAUUUGGAAAUUUACAUAUUUUCUGGCCUUCCUCUGACCUCUGUGUAUCCCAUAACUUAGAAACAAUACUCAUUUUGUGGCAGAGAUGACAACAGGAUUUUAAUUGAUAAACUGUUGUAUCAUUCUAAAAGACACCCCAAACCAGGGGCCAAAAAGGGGUCUUAGCCUAUCUUGUCCUUUAUAAGUAUUUAUAUUAGAAAAAUAUUUCUACUAGAUAUUCUCCUAUACAUAACAUUGAGCCUUGCUCACAUAAAUUCUCGCAGUCAAUAAAAUGGACAAACAAACGGAGAAAAAUGCCUAUAG